AUGCGUCUCUCUUUUGCUCUUCCAGCACUCCUCCUCACUCCUUUCACCCUCGCGGCAACUACUGCAGGCAAGACUACUUGUAAGAAUUAUAUCACGUCACCUCAUCUAGCAAUGACGCUAACCUCUUCAGCUUGCUCUGCCACUGAUCUUAAGACAUUCAAUGGAGAUGUCAAAUAUGGUGAAGCAUUUUGCGAGUUCUGGCUCGUUGUCAGCCGCAAUACAUCACCUCUCCCCAAUCUUGCUGCUAGCCCUCUUACCAAUGUCUGCCAGUGUAUUGUCAGUGGUCAAUCUUCAGCAACCAGCACAUCCACCCACACAUUGGUCAGAGGAGCUAAAGUGGUCUCGACGUCUUCAAAGAGCACUGCAAAGGUCUCGAAAAGAGCUGUGACCACAAGUAAAGCCACCAGCUCCAAGCUCGUUUGUGUUAGCCAGGAUGUCACCGCUGUACAGAAUGAUAUCACCUACACCACUCCUUUCUGUAAAUGGUGGGCUACAGACUCGAGAACCAACUCACCUAUUCCCGGCCUCUCUGCUUCUCAGGUCACGAACGCAUGUAAAUGCAUUCUGAGCUCGGCAACAAGCACAUCAAGCAAGCAAUCAUCAACUGUCAAGAUCGUCUCAACCUCGACAAAGUCAUCGGCGAUAUCUUCCAAGAAAGUCUCGAGCAGUUCCAGCAAGAAGUCUUCGUCCAGCGUCAAAAGCUCUAGCACCAAAGCUUCUGUCACAGCUACUCGUGGUCAAGUCUCAUCUUCGGCUGUCAAGAGCUCAUCGUCAAAGGUCAUCAGCUCUUCCUCAAAGAGCUCAUCUGCCUCUGCCUCGCAGCUUAGCUUAUCAACUGCAACAACAUCGAAGCAAGUGUCUUCUAGCAGCACCAAGACGAGAGGAGCACCUGCCCUCAAAUCUACAUCGGUCACCUCGUCUUCGAGUGUGGCAAAUGGAGCGAGCUCAACUGCGGUUGGUCAGACAUCUUCAUCAACGAGCAUGCAAUCGUCCUCGUCUGCAAGUUCGCAAUCAUCUUCAUCGUGGACUAGCACUAAGUCUGUCGAGUCACGCACCAGAGGUAUGGCGCUAGCCCCACAAGCCAGCUCUAGUGCUGCUCAGGCGGCUGCGGGUUCGCAGAACGCGUUGAGUAGUUCGUCUGUAGGUACUCCAGGAUCGUCUUCAAGUGCUUCUAGUGGUUCCAGCUUGCAACAAUCUUCGUCUCAAGCUACUGCAACCACUUCAUUAACCACCAGCGAGGUGCGCAUCCGCGGAAGCAAGGUUCCUGUUACUACCGUAUCGACAAGUUCAGUCGUCGCAGCUCAACCCACUUCUUCGACUGCAUCGAGUCAAUCUGCAUCUUCAUCUCAAGCCACUUCUGUCUUGGCUCAGUCUGCCUCUGCAUCUCAGUCUGCCUCUGCGUCUCAGUCUGCCUCUUCAUCUCAGUCCACCUCAGCCUCACAGAUCAUAGUCUCCGGGUCUACCUCAUCGUCUACCAGUGGCGUCUCUGCAGCUGUCAGCUCGAGUUCGCAAUCCGUUGCCAGUAGCUCGAGUUCGCAAUCCAUUGCCGGUAGCUCGACUUUGCAAUCGAGCUCGCAGUCGAGUUCGCAACCCGUCGCCAGUAGCUCAAGCGCUUCUGUAUCGCCAGACCAGAGCUCGAGCAGCAUCGAAAGUGUUACUCAGUCGAUCCCGAGCACUACCACAUAUGAGGCUUCUGCAAACCCUACCGUCAGCGAGAGUGCUACAAGUUCGAUCGAGUCUUCUCUGGCUACUGAGACAAGCAGUUCAACCGUGUCGCUGGCAUCCACAUCUACUGACGCUAUUUCGCAACCUUCUCCUGACGUCGAGUCAUCUUUCUCUAUUGCUCCUGGACAGGCAUCGACAACCAGCAGUGGAAGUUCCUCGAGCUCAACUCUUGAGAGUACAUCAACUGCUUCCGAGUCAGCUGGCCAAGCUGCAAUCACUACGGACAGUGUUUCUUCGUCGCAGAGUGUGACCGUCGACCCUGCAACAAGCACUGUUACCCAAUCCCUCAACAGCCCAGCAGCCACUCCUGAGAGCCGAGCCGCUGGUGUUUAUGCUUCUCACUCGGAUACCUCGGCUGACAACACUGCUCUGCAAAGCAAUGGCACGACUUCUGGUUUCGGCUGGGCAUGGAACAGUACUCAACUCUCUAUCAACACCAUGGGAUGGUUGGUCAACUCAAAUGGAAGCUACCAAGCUUUCCAGGUCGACAACCAAACGACAUUGGACAUGGCAUCAGGUCCCAUCCUGACAAUGUCCAAGGCUCAAGUUCCCGGUUAUGCCUACCUUGGCCCGUGUAGCGUCAGCUCUGACAACUACUUGUCGUGUAAGGCUACCAAAUCAGGCAUGCAAACUGACAUGGACUUUUUCCUCGUUGCAGGCGAGACGACUGGCUCAUGGAUUCUGUACGCUGGUUUCCAUGAUCUCAGUUAUCACGAUGUUGACUUGCAGUUGAUCACAUCAUCUGACGACUCUGCAACUUCUACAACUCUUGCCGGAGCUUCGUCCACAUCUAGUGACUAUGCAUCAAGCACUGAGGCCGUGAACACCGAGUCUUCUACACAAGCUACAAUCAGUGCCACUUCGCAAGAGACUGAAGCUCCCUCUACCAGUCUGGGAAGCCCCGAGGCUACCGUAACCAGCUCGCAGGAGCCUGUGACUACGUCCGUCAGCUCGCAAGACAUCGAGUCUGUCUCUACCGAUGCCAGUGUAUCUAGCGACAAUGCCCCUGUCACUAGUACCCAGUCUGGAGAUGUUUCUCAGACUACUGAUGCAGGGAUUAUCUCUACAACCUCUUCGAGCGAUGCUUCGCAGACGACUGAGACUGAGACCUCGCAAAUCGGUCCCAUCAGCACUAGCACUAGCGACAACUCGCCUAGCGGCAGUCAAAGCGUUGAAGCGACCGUGUCUGCUACAGACAUGCCAUCCUCCACCACUGCAGGGCAAUCUGCAAGUACCACUGGUGUGAUCUCGCAUUUCUACAUCUAUGCCACCAACUCAUCGUCGUCUGCCGAUGAGACUAGCCUCGAGACCGAGUACAACUCUGGCUUUGUAGGUUUCAACAUGGCUAUGAGCACCUAUGAAAUCCGUAACUAUACUUUGGACUCAUCAUCCGGUUACGUUUACGAUGGUCAGUCAUCCAGCAUGCUCGUAGUCUGGCCCGGGCAUGGAAACAAUGUCAUGCUAGCAUCGCCUGAGGACAUGAAGGCCAACAACUAUGCGCCCAUCAACUGCACGAUCAACGCUGACGAAACCUUGUCUUGCUCGUACCAGCAGGCUGGUGUCACUUUCUCAGGGUUCUACAUCGAUACUGAAGGCUCUAGCCAGUACCUGAACAUUGGACAGAUGGAGUCAAAUGCUGGUUCAGGCUCCAAGAACCAAAGAAACUCUUCCUACGUUUCUCCGGUCACCACAAGUGCUUCCAGUGGCUCACCUAGCUCAUCGAACUCGUACCAGACUGUCAUCUUGAGACUUUCGUCCCAGCUCAUAACCGGACCUUCAUCUUUCACGAACAGCAAUGCUUCGUCUUUCACCAACAACAGUGCUUCUACCACUCAAGCAUCUAGCAGUCUCUCCAUGUCUACUAGUGUGGAGAGUGAUAGCAACACCUCAACCCAGUCUGCCGUGACGCCUGCGUCGAACAGUGCGAUUACGACGACUGACGCAGCUGCGUCUUCGACUGUAUCAAGCGAGCCUAGUCUGACGAGCACCAUCCAGCUUCAGACAAACUCAACUAGCACUAUGGCAAGCAGUUCGAUCGUCCAGUACAACAUCUCCUCUACGUCGGUCUCUUCUACAAGCGAGCCCAGUUUGGCGAGCACCAUCGAGUCUCAGACAAACUCCACUAUCGCUGUGGCAAGCAGUACAAUCGUUCAGUACAGCAACAUCUCCUCCACGUCGGUCUCCUCUGCAAGCUCCACUUCUGCUCCGUUCUAUAUUCGAGACGCUAGCAACAACUUCGUUGCUGUGUCUCCUGGACAGAAUGAAGCUAGUAGCUACGUUGCUGGCCAGGACUCUGCCACAUCAUUCUACGUUGACGAGAGUACCGGAUACCUUAUCGAGUCAGGCCUAAACACUACCUACGCUGCCUACCGUAACCCUACCGACGCUCCUGAGAAUGUUUACUUCAGCACCGUCGUUGGUUCUUACAGCUAUAUCGCUUGUUCGCAGAAUGCAACAACUGGUGAAUUGCAAUGCAAGUCCGACAACGUCUUGCAACACGCAAUGACUUGCAACAACGACAGCAUGCUAUACUUUGCACCUACUGUCCCUUCGCAGUGCUCACAGGUUCCUAUGUACUAUGUGGCUGCCACUGGUAACAACCAAAGCACAUCUGUCUCAAGCAGCAGCAUUCCCGCAAGCGUAUCGGCAUCUGUCACUAGUAACUCGUCGCUUAGUGGCCAAACCCCCAGCCAGACUGGCACUACAAGUGAUUUGACAUCAAGUACUGAUGUUAGCAGCACCUCUGAAAGUGCCACCAUGUCUCCUGUGCCUACGUUCCAGACGUCUUCGAACGCGUCAUCCACCUUCAACGCUUCGAUGACCACCAGUGCUGAUUCGGCCGCUGCUACUUCGUCUAACGCGAUCACUUCCAGCGUUUAUGUUCAAGCCAAUGUGUCGUCGUCUCAACCUUCGACCAGCGAGACCGCCACAUCCUCUAGUGUCGAUUCAGCAGCUGCUACUUCGUCUGACGCUUUUACCUCUAGCAUCUUUGUUCAAACCAAUGUGUCGUCGACUCAAUCCUCGACCAGCGAGACCACCACAUCCUCUAGCGUCGAGGCCUCAUCGACACAGGUCAGCACCGCUACUUCUCAGACGACAGACUCGAGCUCAGGCAGCGUCUCGGUUGCAUCCACCACGGCCACCGACUCACAGAGCAGUACCAUCUCAAGUCAGACCGCCUCUGCUACUGAUUCAUCUACGACCGAUUCUUCUAUCAGCAGCCAGUCUACACUGAGCCCAAGUAGUACGCUCGCAUCGAGCACGACUUCUACUGCAAGCAGUUCUGGGCUGCCCACUGCUACUCUUUGUCCUUCUGCAGACAAUCAGAACAUCACGGAUGCUUACAGCAACAACUAUACUGUUCACUGCUUCUCUGACUCUACUGUCACCUCGUAUUCAUCUGCACAAGCUGCGGUAAACUACCUCGAUUGUAUGACUGCUUGUGACGAUGCUUCGUUAAGCGGUUGCACAGGCUUCACAUACGUCGGUGGUGCCAAUGGUGAUAAUAGCGGUAUCUGUUACCUCAAGACAUCUUCCGGUAGCUUUACCACAGCCGGUCCGAACUACAUUUCUGGUCAGUUGUCUUCUGUCAACUCUACAAGAUACGAUAGUUCUGCUGGCGCAAGCCCAUCGGGUUCUCUCAGCAGCCCUGGUGCUGCCAACUCCUCUGCCUCCAGUAGCACCGAAUCCACAAGCUCGGCAAUGUUUACGGUUUCUUCGUCAGCCUCGGCAAGCUCGUCCACAGCCACUGUUUACAACAGCACCAUUGGUGCGAAUGGUAAUAAUGCUGUCAAUAGUAACAGUGGCACUUCAUCGACACUGACGUUGAACAAUGGUCCGGCCAGCACGUCGGCGUCAACCACUAGCAGCCUGGAUGUUCAAACUACUUCCACGAGCAGUGACGUGACCUCUAGUGCUAGCACGUCUGAUGCGACUCAGGCAACUUUGACUUCGUCGGCUUUCACGACUGACAGCUCGAGCAGCCAGAGUACCAGCGUUUCCUUGACCUCGUCUAGCCAGACAGUUGUUACGUCUUCUUCUUCUAGUCAGAGUCUCAGCUCUUCCUCAGCAACUUCGAGCUCGAGUGACGUUGUUUCCUCAACCGCCUUUAGUCAGAGUGCUCUUGUUUCCUCCUCAUCGUCCAGCCAGACUACCACUAGUCUCACAUCAAGCAGUACUCAAGGCUCCUCGACCAGCGUCAGCUCCUCCGCAUCAUCUUCGUCAUCCAGUAGCUCGGUCAGCUCCCCGGUCUCCGCGAACAGUGCCUCGAGUGUUUCAUCAGCUAUCUCAUCCUCAACGGACGUGGCUUCGGCUUCAACUUCUGUGUCAUCCUCUUCGAGCAGCAGUAGAUCAAGCGCCAGCUCCUCGCUAUUAUCAUCCGCUAGCCCUUCGUCAUCCAGCGUAUCUUCGUCUAGCAGCUCGAGCGUUCCAUCGACAAGCAUCUCUGCCAGUCAAAGCUCAACCACUAGCUCUUUGUCUUCGAGCUCAGUCGUCUCGGUCGUCAGUAGUACCUCAGCAAGCUCGAGUCUCUCAUCCUCAGCAAGCUCAAGUCUAUCGACCUCAGCAAGCUCGAGUCUCUCGACCUCGGCUCCGGCAAGCACCAGCUCUUAUAACUCUGUCUCAGCCGCUAUGUCCAUUAUUGAAGCUUCGAGCUACCAGCCCUUCUGUUCGACAUAUCUUGGAUACAGUUCCUCUACUGAAACUGUCACAUCGACAACCACAUCUACUAAAGUUGUUGCCACCGCAACAACUACAACCACAUCGCUCGUUGCUCAAACCAAGCAAUACAGAAAGCGUGAUGUCGAACAGCCCAGAGCUACUUGCGACUGUGAGAAUCACACUCACGAGCUCAGAGCUACAAGCUCCAUCGAAAACACUUCUGCGACCAUCCUUCGCCGCAGAAGUGGAACAUACGUAUACGCUCAGAUGCCAACAACUCAAUUGCAGCGUCGUGCUACCACAACCAGCUCGAACACCACACCAACCCCUCUCAGAACCUUCUCAUCGACUGAUCUCAGUUCGGCAUGUAGCUCAGAGGUCACUUCUCCUGCAGUCUCUACAACCACCGUUUCGAGCACUGUCACAGCAUCCACUACCAGCACGCUCACAAAGACGGCAACUUCUACGACAACUAUCUCCGUGGCAUCGAGUGCACCAACUGGUGUGGUCGGAUACAUGUCCUUCAGAGACCCUGUUAACCCUGGCGGUCAAUAUGCUCUUUCUGAUCCCGCUACACACAUGACCGAUAACUACUAUGCCAACAGCACUCGCGAGAGUUUCAUCAUUACCAACACCAGCCAGCUUUACUCUGUCACACAUAAUGCCUAUUACUAUUACCAGACACCUGCUGGAAACGACAAACUGUUCUGGAGCUCAAACAAUGCAACUGGCAGUACCAACUGGGUAACGGGUAGCACCACCUCCGAUGGAUACACACAGCUUCUCAUGGUAGACACGCGCUAUACCGCUCGCACAUACUACAAGUUCUGUUUGAUGAAGCUUGGAUCCAAUGAUGCCAACUCGGCCACCGGAUACCACGUCUACUACUACAACAGCACAGCAACGUUCCCGACCAAUUGCGGUGCCACACAGCUCUGGUUCGCGCCUUCCUAG